AUGGACGGCACUGAGCUCUCCUUUCGGAUGGCCACUCUAUUACAGAUCAGCCCGGGGGUUUCGGCCAACGUCUUCCUCCUCCUAUUCUGUAUCCGUGUGGUCUCCGCCAGCCGUAACCCCAGCUCCCCUGACCUGAUCCUGGGUCACCCGGCCUCGGCCAACGCCCUCAUCCUCCUCACCAGUGGGAUCCCCGAGGUCCUGUCGGCCUGGGGAUGGAGAAACUCCUUGGACGCCGCGGGACGUGAAGUCCUCUUGUGUUUCUACCGAGCGGCCCGGGGCCUCGCCAUCUGCACCACCUGCCUACCGAGCGUCUUCCAGGCCGUCACCCUCGGCCCCGGCACCUCCCGGUGGGCGGGGGUCAGGGCCAGACCACCCAAGUGCAUCCUCCCCCUCUGUCUCCUCUCCUGGGUCAUCAACAUGUUAGUGGACGUGACCGCGCCGAUCCACAUGACCGGCCCCCAGAACGGCAGCAGCGUCCGGCUCAUCCUGGACCUCAGAUGCUGCUCGACCGUCGGCGCCGGUCCCGCGGCCACCCUGGCCGUGGCGGCCGUCACUUCCUUCCGGGAUCUGUUCCUCGUGGGGCUCGUGAGCGCGGCCAGCGGCCACAUGGUGUCCGUCCCGCACCGACACCGCCGGCGGGCCCGCCACCUCCGCGGGCCCGGACGCUCUCCCGGAGCGACGCCCGAGGUCGGGGCGGCCAAGGGAGUCGUCGCCCUGGUCACCCUCUACGUCCUCCUCUACGGGAGGCAGGCCAUCACCCUGAGCGUCUCGAUGAAUAGGAGAGAGAAAUCUCCUCCGCUGGUGAACGGCCACACGGCGCUAUCGUUCGCCUUCUCGGUCGUCGGUCCUUUCCCGAUCAUCUACGGCGACGGGAGGAUGAGAACGUUCCGGAAGAGGGGAUCUCCCGAGUCUAACCCGGAUCCCUCCUGGAGUCCCAAGGAGCCUGCUCUCCCAUCGAAAUCCACCGAGCUAAGGUGA